CUUGAUGAGUAUAUGGAUGAAAGCUCCCGCACAUGGGAAGCUUGCCAAGUCCUCAAAUCUGGAAUCUCAAGCUUGGAGCUUUUUCAUGAGGAAGCUUUUGCUAUAGUUUCUUCUUUGCAGGAUCCUCAUUUUCUUCGUGUUAAUGCUCGAGCUUCUCAAAGGAUUCUUCGUGAAAUUACUGAUUUCGAGAGGAAUGUUUUUGGGUUAGAGGAGGAAAAUAGAAGCUUGAUGUAUACAAGAAUUCAUCCAUUAUCACUGUUCUGUUUCAACGGCAGCGGCGGCACAUCAACCGGAAUUGGAUCGACGUCGAAAUUGAAUGCUUUCAAUGGAUUCAGAGGGGUUCUUCAUGCAGUGAAGAGAAUCAGCUCAUUACUUCUAAUGAUUCUUCUGUGUGCUCUUGUGUAUUGUUUGCCAGAAUCAAGCUUCCAUGAAAGUAGUGAGAUUGAGAAUGAAGAAGAUCACCAUUUAAGGACCAUGUUCAGCUCGAGCUUCCUAGCAUCAAUGGCGAGAUUGAGACAGAGAGUGGCAAAUGAAAUAGACAGAGUAGAUGGGCAGUCAGUGGGGAUCUUGCUGUUUGAAUUCAGGGAAGCAAAGGCAGCCAUGGAAGGCCUGAAAGUGGAGCUGGAGAGGGGUAUGGAGGAAGAAGAAGAAGAAGGAGUUGAAAUUGAGGAGAAAGUUGAGAGAUUGAAUGGUUGGUUUGGGUCAUUGAGAAAUGGAGUGGACGCCAUUGUUGGGCAGCUUGAUGAUUUCCUUGAUGAGAUUGUUGAGGGAAGACAGAAGCUUUUGGAUAUGUGUACUAAUAACAGGUAGAGAGGGGGAAAAGGAGGAUCUGGGUAUGCUUCAAAAUGCAAAAUUUGAGAAGAAUUAGUGAAGAUUUUUGGAAGAUAAGAGAUGUUGUGUAAUUUUUACUUGGUGUUCUUUUCAUUUUUGAUUUGGAAUCACAUUGUUUAUAGAAGGUUGUGAUGA